AUGGACGGUGGCCAGACCUCUUCCAAUCCCGCCCCCGCUGGGAACUCCAGUGAUUUUGUACGCAAAUUGUACAAAAUGCUGGAGGACCCAACCUACGCGUCUAUUGUACGCUGGGGUGAUGAAGGAGAUAGCUUUGUGGUCUUAGAGUGUGAAAAAUUUACCAAAACCAUUUUACCCAAGCAUUUCAAGCACAGCAAUUUCGCCAGUUUUGUACGACAACUGAACAAAUACGACUUCCACAAAGUGCGCCAGAACAACGAAGAAAACGGCCAGUCACCCUACGGGCAAAAUGCAUGGGAAUUCAAGCACCCCGAGUUUCGCGCCAACAGCAAAGAGUCUCUCGACAAUAUUCGACGCAAAGCACCCGCACCUCGAAAACAAACCCAGAGCAAUGAAGAGUCCGCCCCAACACAACAAAUCGACCUGCUCAACCAGCAGAUCGUGGCCCAACAGCAGCAGAUCCAACAUUUGGCAGAGCGCAACAGCCAACUCACGGUGGAUCAUCAGCUCAUGAUCCAGGAGCUCAUGCGUGUACAGAAAACAGUCUUGAACCAUGAGAAUGUCAUCCACCAGGUAAUGAACCACCUGCUUUCAGUGGAUCGUCAGCGACGGGAUAGCAAGGGUGUAUCAUUCCAAGCGGCUGGAACAACGAUGAGCCCUUCUCAGGUCGGCGCUGUGGAUGACGAGCCUUCAUCACCUCUCCAGCAAGCUUCAAAGCUCUUGAGCGACAUGAAUGCGGAACUUCAAUUCAAUAUGAAUGGCACCGACUCGAUGAACGACCCUCAGAAGGGCACCGUUGUCUCAACCCCUACAAUGGACCCGAAUAUGCGCAAUGGCUCGCUGCGCCCAGCGAAUGCUGCUCCAAACCCCGCCCAACCUGAGGCUCUCGUUUACCCGAAGAUGACCGGGGACUUGGAGCAAGUGGUAUAUCCCGUUGGUGCUACGAAUGGGAUUGAUCCCAUGUAUAGCGAGCAUAUCAACAACGUUCCUUACCCAAUGCCACCCAAGCAGGAGGUGGAUCCUCCAGAAGCCCGUCGGCAAUUCCCCGACACCCGGAAGAAGACCAACAACGUUGAUCCUGGCUGGGUGCGCAGUCCGCAGAUUCUAUUGGUUGAAGACGACGCCACUUGCAGGCAGAUUGGCGGAAAGUUCUUAUAUUCUUUCUCUUGUGUUAUUGAUACCGCGUUUGAUGGAUUGGAAGCUGUGAACAAAAUUCAAGGGGGCUCGAAAUACGACCUUAUUCUAAUGGAUAUCAUAAUGCCAAACUUGGAUGGUGUAUCGGCAUGCCAUCUCAUUCGCCAGUUUGACCGCACUCCUAUUAUUGCUAUGACCUCGAACAUCCGAAGCGAUGACAUCCAACUCUAUUUCCAUCAUGGAAUGGAUGACGUUCUUCCCAAGCCAUUCACUCGCAAAAGUCUUCUUGACAUGCUUGAGAGACACCUGGACCACCUCAAAGUAUCUCCUCAAAAUCCCCCCGGAAUGGAGCAGGUGCCGCCUUCCGCGACUGCUGUGAACUUGGCAACUGCAGCCCAAAACUCGGCAACACAGUCAAUCAAAGAGGACAGCUCCCCGGGCCAGUCGCCCGCUGGAUCCAUGAACAACUGGCAAUCACCGGGUCAGUUCCAGAACAUGCAAGCCGUUCCUACAAAUAUGCCUGCAGUUCAAGGCCCAUAUGUCACCGCCCCACCAGCGGCAUAUACCGUUGACCAGAAUGGCAUCCAAUAUCCCGCACCACCUCCCGUAGGAGUCCCUACCGCGGGGGCUCCUGUCCGACCCCCUCAUCGCCGACAGAUCUCAGACAUGUCCAGCGCCAACGAAAACCCCAACAUGCCCAAACGCCAGCGCAUGUACUCCCAACCACAACCAAUGCUUGCCAUGCAAGCCGGACGACCUGGUUAA